AAAGAUUAAGACUCAGGGAAAAGCAGAAAUUUGCUAUACAAAUUUUUAAUUAAUAUUCCAAAACAAUAUCCGUAAAUAUAUUAGCUGCAUAAUUGUUGCAGAUUUUGUUUUUUCUUUUUAUUUUCCGGUUAAUGAUCAUCUUCAUCUGACAAUCACGGCAUUCAUUUCCUGUUAGCAGCUAAGCUCGUCAAAAAUACCAGCCGAACACAGCACAGCACAAUCAAAAUUCUAGUGAAUGCCUAAAGUAAAAUAGAAUACAAUAGCAUGCAAGGAGAAUAAACCAGAUCAAGUCUCGCGCCAUGAGUCUAUUCUAAGAAAUCAAUCAAUGGCGCGGAUCUUCGAGUAUUUUGUGGUGUGUGGACUAGGAGCAGAGCUAAGAACCCUAGACGGAAACAAAGGAUAUCAUGGAAGAGGAGUGAUGUAUCUUGCGUCUCUUCUCGAUCAAUAUCCUCCUGAUAAUCAUCACUCUCCUCCUCCUCCUCAGCUUCCUACUUGUGUGCUUCCUGCUGGUGUGGAGUUUUAUUCCUCCGGAUUUGACGCUAAUGAUGCUUCUAGCUUUCCAAGGAGCUAUCCUAUUGUUCUAACUGAGGGCGAUGGAUCAAAAAUUUAUGUUAGUUGCAUUGCCUUUCGGGAUCCAGUUAGUGAGGAUAUUGCUGAAGCUUACCGUAUACCAGCAAAUUCAUUUGCUGACAAAUGUAUUUGUCUUGUUUCACGCUCACCUAGUUUCAGUGUCCUCCGGAAUGCACUAGAAGAGAUAUUUGCACUUUGCUUUUCCCCCAGUGGAAGUAGUAAGCCGUUAUGGGAUGUUAUAGCAUACAUGAUCUCCAAUGUACCUCUGCCUACAGCCGGGAGGGAUCGAGUCUUGUUUGCUAUUGAAAACUGUCUGCUCUCUGUGGAGGCUCCACCAAGAGAUGGACUCCCUCAUGCUGAUAUAUCUUUUCAGCCACUGGUACAAUGCUUGGAUGUCGACAACUUGAUCAAAUUCUUUACUGCUGUGUUGCUUGAGAGGAGGAUUUUACUUCGAUCCAAUAAGUAUUCGAUUUUAACUCUAGUAUCAGAGGCUAUAUGCCAUUUAAUUUAUCCUUUCAGGUGGCAACAUGUCUACAUUCCAUUACUAUUUUUCAGUGGAGUAGACUAUAUUGAUGCUCCUACCCCUUAUAUGAUGGGUCUCCAUUCAGGUGUUGAUACGUCUCUUCUUGCAAUGGAUGGUGUUGUUGUUGUGGACCUUGAGUAUAACCGAAUUAGCACAACAGAGGAAAUACCGCUUGUCCCAGAGCCUGAAUUAAGUACUCUUCGUGGUGAGAUUCUGAAGUUGUUGUUCCCUAAUGUCAUGGAAAUAGAUCAUAUGAAGGCUGGAAUCUUUGGUUUAUCUGAUCAACAUUCUAGAGGUUGCAGCAAGCCCUGGGGGGAAGAGCAUGACCUCCAACUUAGGUUAAUUUUCUUAAAGUUCUUUGCAUCAAUCCUAGGUGGCUACCGCAAUUUCAUUGAAAAUAGUGCAACUCAGGUCUUCAACACUCAAGCAUUCUUGAAGAAGCGCUCUCGAUCAACAAACCAGCCACCAGAGCCCAUGAUAGCACAGUUUUUAGACUCUCAUGGUUUCUUAGACUAUCUGGAGAGAGGUGUAGGUUCUGAUGAGAACAAUUUUAAUCUUCUUGAGAAAUUGCAAGAUGCAAUUGGAAGGGGUCAGAAUCCUAUUUCAAUUCUUCCCUCGUCAUUGAUAGAGCCUGAGAUUAUAACUAUAUCAGAUCAAAAUGUGGGAACUUCAGGAUCAGGUGCCAAAUAUACUUAUGAUAGGUUUCCUGCAAACAUUAGAUCAGAAGAGCAAGAGGAGAAGAGAAAGCAGAUUCUUGCAGCAGCUAGUGGAGCAUUUGAAUACAUAAAGCAUGCUCCUAGCUCACCAUCUGUGCAAGUGGGUAAGGACUCUCUUAGUCCAAUGGAGAGAGCUGCGGAAAGAGACCGCAUGGUUUUGGACAUUAAAGUGAAGCUGCAGGGUUUGUGGCUUCGUCUUCUGAAACUGGGCGCCACUGAUGAUCCACUUUCUUCAUUUGAAUAUGGCACAAUCCUUGCACUGAUCGAGUCUGAUGCAGAGGGGAUUGGGGGCAGCGGGUUUGUUGAAUGUAUAGGAGAGCAUAUUCACUCAGGUUGGCACUCUCAGUUGACUGAUGAGCAGUUCAUUGCUGUGAAAGAGUUGCUUAAAACGGCAAUUAGUCGUGCAACUUCCCGGAAUGAUGUCUCAACGAUUAGAGAUGCCCUUGAAGUAUCUGCUGAGAUGUAUAAAAAGGAUGCCAAUAAUGUUCCUGACUAUGUCCAGCGCCAUUUAAGUGCGCUGUCCAUUUGGGAGGAGCUACGGUUUUGGGAAGGCUACUUUGACCAUCUAAUGGAGCAUUCUUCAAGCAAGUCAGCCAAUUAUGCGGCUUUAGUCACUACGCAUCUAAUUCUAGUGGCAUCCCACAUGGCUGGAUUAGGACUACCUGAUACUGAUGCUUGGUACAUGGUUGAGACUAUAGCAGAGAGGAACAACAUUGGGUACAAACAGCUGAUUAAACUUAGAGGAUUUUUGUCACACAUCCAGCAACUUCGAAUUGGUUACUGGGGACUCUCGUCUGUGAAAGCCCAAUCAUUGUCACCUCAUGGAUUGUCUUCCCCACGUCCAAAGGAUGUGACAGAUGAGAACCAGCAACCUGCUGAGGCCUCUGGUGUUGGUAGGAGCUGGGUUCAAAGUAUGUUUAGCAGAGACUCAUCAAGAGCAAACUCUUUUGCUCGUGUUCGUAAAUGGACUUCUGAUGGCACUUCAGCUGCAUACGAGAAUGGAAGUCCCCGCAAGCAGGAUUUAUCUGCUGCAGGACAAAAGAAAAUUCAGACCAAUGUUCGCGUACUUAGGGGUCACAGUGGUGCUAUUACCGCUUUACAUUGUGUAACACGAAGAGAGGUGUGGGAUCUGGUGGGCGAUCGAGAAGAUGCAGGAUUCUUUAUCAGCGGAAGCACAGAUUGUAUGGUUAAGAUCUGGGAUCCUAGUAUUCGUGGUUCUGAACUUCGGGCAACUUUGAAAGGGCACACACGAACUGUUCGUGCUAUAAGUUCUGAUCGAGGAAAGGUGGUAUCGGGAUCUGAUGAUCAGUCUGUUAUUGUAUGGGAUAAGCAAACAUCGCAGCUUCUAGAAGAGCUGAAGGGCCACGAUGCACAGGUCAGCUGUGUCCGUAUGUUGUCAGGUGAACGUGUUCUUACCUCUGCUUAUGAUGGAACGGUGAAGAUGUGGGAUGUUCGGACUGAUACCUGUGUAGCAACAGUCGGCCGUUGCUCGAGUGCAGUCCUAUGCAUGGAGUAUGAUGACUCCACUGGAAUCCUGGCGGCUGCUGGCAGAGAUGCGGUAGCAAACAUCUGGGAUAUCCGUGCUGGUAGGCAAAUGCACAAGCUAUUAGGGCAUACAAAAUGGAUACGGUCAAUUAGAAUGGUUGGAGAUACGCUGGUUACUGGUAGCGAUGAUUGGACGGCAAGAGUGUGGUCUGUUUCUCGAGGAACAUGUGAUGCUGUUCUUGCUUGCCAUGCUGGUGCAAUUCUAUGCGUUGACUAUUCAAUGUCAGACAGAGGAAUAAUAACAGGUUCGACUGAUGGACUACUCCGAUUUUGGGAAAAUGAGGAAGGAGGUACAAGAUGUGUGAAGAAUGUAACAAUUCAUAAUGCUGCAAUAUUAUCUAUAAAUGCCGGGGAACACUGGUUGGGAAUUGGAGCCGCUGACAAUUCCAUGUCUCUGUUCCAACGACCACAAGAGAGACUCGGUGGCCUCUCCAGUACUGGUUCAAAGAUGUCUGGGUGGCAGCUUUAUAGAACUCCACAAAAGAAUGUUGCUAUGGUGAGAUGUGUGGCCUCCGACCUGGAAAGGAAGAGGAUAUGCAGCGGUGGUCGUAAUGGAGUUCUUAGGUUGUGGGAAGCAACCAUCAACAUAUGAUUUUAUAUUUUACAUACUACAUCUCUUUGUACUUUCAAUUGUUUAAGGCAUAGUGGGAAGUUUCUUGUAUAGUAGCACGAGUUCAAUUUUCUUCAACCCACGGAAUCUAGUGUAUGAUUUUAGCAUCAUCUCAGGAUUAAAACCCAAUUCUUACCUGGGAGCCGUUUUUGCAGUUAAUUUGUAACGGUUAAACAUAUAUACAAACGACAAGGGCGCUUGACUUUCAGUUUUCCUUUUUCCUUUAUAUGAGAUGUUGAUUUUGUACAAAAUUCAUCAUGGAAAAUAAUGUAACACUUGGAAACUAUUUGUUGCUGUAACAUUAUGGUGUUUUUGCCACGA